CGCCUGCGCACCAAGGCACGAGACAAAAGGGUGACGAACUUUCGUCACGGAGCUUCGCCCAGCGGGCGGUGCCCGAAAUGCAGCAACCGCGGCUGGCACGGGGACGCGAUUUCGAUCCGGGGAGUCAAGGACACCGCGCGCCGGGGCCCAGCUUUCGCGCCUUACGAGAGGCAAGCGCGCAGCCGCGACAGGGUCGGCCGCCCGCGGGGCCCGGACGCGAGCGCGCGGGCAGGCGCGUUGGCGUUUGUGCGCACGCGCCCUCAGACGCGCGAGCGCGCGCGGCGCCUGGGAAGGUGAAGAAGGAAGCGGAGGGGAAGGGGUGGGGUUGAACCGGGCCUCGCGCCUGCGCGCUCCGCGCACACCAUUUGGCGGGUUUUCCUUGAUUGCUCGGUUUUGCUCCAGUCCUCGAGAUGCUCCGCCGUAGCUUUUAGGAAGCAGGACGUUCUCUCCAGAAGAGCGAGUUAACGAGAUUUCCGCUUCCUCCCUUCGGGUGUUUGGGGCUUCUCCCAAUUAAAAUAAGGCGCUCCUCCGUGACUGACGCCUGGGACCUUCUGACCGCCUGAGGGCUCGGGCUGUUUGGCCCCCCUUCCGUCUCGGUCUCCCGAAGGGUGAAAGGAUCAGGGGAAGCUCGUCCUGCCCCUCGAUCUCCACGCCGCGGGUUCCUUAGACUCCGGUCCGAGCUCGGUGGGCCGGACCCCCGGCCGCCCCCUGGGUCACCAUGAGCGUGUCGGCCCAGCGCCUGGUGGAGGAGUUGCAGAUCUUUGACGUGGAUUGCGAUGAGGCUCUGGCUGAGAAAUUGGUAGAGCUGUGCAUUCUGUACGGACAGAAUGAAGAGAAAAUGGCCACUGAGCUUAUAGCCUUCUGCACCAGCAUAGGUAACGUUCGCCUGACCUCAGAGAUCCUGAGCUCUUUUGAGCAUGAGUGUCUGAGCAAAAGAUUGCCCAAAGCCUCGCACAGAGCCUCCGGGGAUGGUGGGCACGCAGGAGCUAGAGACAUUGUUUCCAUACAAGAACUAAUUGAAGUGGAGGAAGAAGAAGAGACCCUCUUGAACUCUUACACCACACCCUCUAAGGGUUCUCAGAAGCGAGCUACCACCACCCCAGAAACCCCCCUAACCAAAAGGACUGUGUCUACUCGGAGCCCCCAUCAGCUUCUCUCGCCAUCCAGUUUCUCUCCAAGUGCUGCUCCCUCUCAGAAGUACAACGCGAGAAGUAACCGCGGAGAAGUGGUUACCUCCUUUGGCUCAGCACAGGGAGGGUCUUGGUCUGGAAGAGGAGGGGCUGGCAAUAUCAGCCUGAAGGUCUUGGGGUGUCCAGAGGCACUAACCGGGAGCUACAAAUCAAUGUUUCAGAAGCUUCCAGAUAUUCGAGAAGUUCUGACCUGCAAGAUAGAAGAACUCGGCAGCGAACUUAAGGAACAUUACCAGAUUGAGGCUUUUACUUCCGUUCUGGUCCCAGCUCAAGAGCCUGUCACUCUGCUGGGCCAGAUUGGCUGCGAUACCAACGGGAAGCUGAACAGCAAAUCCGUGAUUCUUGAGGGAGACCGGGAACACUCCUCAGGGGCUCAAAUUCCAGUGGAUUUAUCUGAGCUCAAAGAAUACUCUCUGUUUCCCGGACAGGUCGUCAUUCUGGAAGGAAUCAACACCACGGGUGCAAAACUUAUUGCCACCAAACUCUACGAGGGUGUGCCGCUUCCAUUUUACCAGCCCCCCAAAGAGGAUGAAGAUUUUGAGCAAAACAUGGUCCUGGUGGCCUGCGGGCCAUACACGACCUCCGACAGCAUCACGUAUGACCCCCUGCUCGAUCUAAUUGACAUCAUCAACCGCGACCGGCCAGAUGUCUGCAUCCUGUUGGGACCUUUCCUGGAUGCUAAGCAUGAGCAGGUUGAGAACUGUCUGCUGACAAGUCCAUUUGAAGAUGUCUUCAAGCAGUGUCUACGGACAAUUAUUGAAGGGACACGAAGCUCUGGCUCCCACCUCGUCUUUGUCCCAUCGCUGAGGGAUGUGCACCACGAGUCCGUGUACCCACAGCCACCCUUCAGCUACUCCGAUCUGCCUCGAGAAGACAUCAAGCGAGUGCGGUUCGUGUCUGAGCCCUGCAGCCUCUCCGUGAACGGAGUGGUCUUCGGCCUGACGUCCACGGAUCUGCUGUUCCACAUGGGAGCCGAGGAGAUCAGUAGUUCUUCCGGAACUUCAGACAGACUCAGCCGAAUCCUCAAGCACAUCCUGACCCAGAGGAGCUACUACCCGCUCUACCCUCCCCAGGAAGACAUGGCCAUUGACUAUGAGAAUUUCUACACCUACGCCCAGCUGCCUGUCACCCCAGACGUCUUCAUUAUCCCAUCAGAGCUGAAAUACUUCGUGAAGGACGUCCUCGGCUGUGUCUGUGUGAACCCCGGGCGCCUCACCAAAGGGCAGGUGGGGGGCACCUUCGGCCGACUCCUCCUCAGGAGGCAGCGGGCUGAGGACGGGGAGGGGAGGCGGAGUCCGUGUGCGGCCGCCCAGGUGGUCAGGAUCUGAGGCCCCGGUGCUCCAUCAUCCCCCAUCACGCGGCCUCGCGGACACGUGAGCCCAGGAGCGGCCUUCCCACAAGAGCCCAGGCGUGGAAAGGUAGAGGCAGCAGGCGGCGAGCUGGAGAAGAGGCUGCGGGGUCCAGGCCUGGCGGGCAAGGCCUCGUGCAGCUGGACCCUGGCUCUGAGUUGAACUUCUUGGGAGGAAAGCUGCUGUUUCUUCAAGUACACGCAGAGUCCAGAGAGAACCGGCCGUGGACGCGGCGUGCUCCGAAAACGCAAGAAGGCUUUUUGAUUUUUCUCCUUGAUAUCAGACACGGAAACGACUUUUGGAGAAGUAAAAGUAAAUUCUGAGGAGAACUCCUGAGUUUAAA